AAUUAAUUUCUAAAAUAUCUAAUUUGCAUGUGUGAGUGUGUGUGUGUGUAUAUAUAGAGUCUCUCAAAACCCUCUAAUGCAUUCCACUGCAUGCAGCAUUAGUCUAAGUAAUUUCCAAUUUAAAAAAAAAAAAUAUUAUUUAUUUUUGUUUCAGUUUUCUUUGAUUAAUUAAUAGAGAUAUGGUUAUUGAUCAAGAAAAAGAUAUUGAAAAAUAUGGAGUUGAUGAUCUGGAAAAGCCAUUUAUUCAGCACGUUAAAUGUGUCGAUUCCGAAGAAGAAGCCGUCGAUGAAAACGGAUCGAUUUCGAUGGUUUUGUUGAGUACAUGUGUUGCUGUUUGUGGAUCAUUUGAGUUUGGAUCAUGUGUGGGAUACUCUUCACCUACUCAAUCAGCUAUAAGAGAAGACUUGAACUUAUCUCUGUCACAGUUCUCAAUGUUUGGAUCCAUAAUCACCAUCGGCGCAAUGAUCGGUGCAAUCACUAGUGGCAGAAUCGCAGAUUUUCUCGGUCGAAAAGGGGCAAUGAGAAUAUCAGCUAUUUUCUGCAUUAUAGGAUGGCUCGCCGUCUAUUUUUCCACUGAAGCCUGGUUACUAGACAUUGGAAGAUUCUGCACAGGAUAUGGCAUAGGAAUAUUCUCUUAUGUGGUUCCGGUAUUUAUAGCUGAAAUCGCACCUAAAAAUCUCCGCGGAGGGCUUGCAACACUAAAUCAGCUCAUGAUUGUUUGUGGCGCAUCUACGGCGUAUUUACUAGGAACAGUCGUGACAUGGAGAACGUUAGCUCUUACCGGGUUGCUGCCAUGCAUUCUAAUUCUUGUGGGCCUAUUUUUCAUCCCAGAGUCACCUAGAUGGCUGGCGAAAGUCGGACUUUGCAAAGAAUUUGAAUUGGCAUUACGAAAACUCCGUGGCGCGGAUGCUGAUGUUUCUCAAGAAGCUUCAGAAAUUCAAGCUAGUAUUUAUAGUAUGCAAGAUCUUCCUAAAGUUGGAGUUUUGGACUUGUUUGAGGCCAGAUAUAUGCGUCCCCUCAUUGUUGGUGUGGGAUUAAUGGUUUUCCAACAGUUUGGAGGAAUAAAUGGAAUUGGUUUCUAUUCUAGUGAAACCUUUGUUGCAGCUGGAUUUUCUUCAGGAAAAAUUGGGACAAUUGCAUAUGCCAUAAUUCAGGUUCCGAUAACUAUGGUUGGAGCAGUAUUAAUGGAUAAAUCGGGACGAAGACCGCUACUAAUGGUAUCAGCAUCAGGAACAUUUAUUGGAUGCAUCCUCACAGGAGCUUCUUUUUACCUCAAGGGCCAAGCUUUAUUGCUUGAAUGGGUGCCAAUUCUUGCUGUUUCUGGAGUGCUGGUAUUUGUAGCAGCAUUCUCAAUAGGAAUGGGUGCAGUUCCUUGGGUUAUAAUGUCCGAGAUAUUCCCAAUUCAUGUAAAAGGAGUAGCUGGGAGUUUAGUAGUUUUGGUGAACUGGUUAGGUGCAUGGGCAGUUUCCUACACUUUCAAUUUUCUCAUGAGCUGGAGUUCAACUGGUACUUUUUCGAUCUAUGCCGGAGUCUGCGCAAUGACUGUAGUGUUCGUUGCAAAAGUUGUUCCCGAGACGAAGGGGAAAACACUAGAGGAAAUCCAGGCCUCUUUCAACUCGUAAAAUUUAAUUUAAUUUCAUUAAUCAAUUUUGGAGGAAUUUGUUGUCUAUUAUGUUGUAUUAUCUUUCAUUUUUCUACAACUCAAACGAUUUUCUUCUAUUCGUUGAUAGAUGUUGCGAUCGAGCAUUCCGAAUAAUGUGAUUAUUUAGUAUAUC